CGCGCGAGCCCCCGGGGGCGGGGCAAAAGAUAUUGGAUGAGUUUUCAAAAAUGACCACCUCACCCUUCCAGGAGGAGAUACUGAAGGCCUGAUUACCACCUGAAACCCCUUCCCAGUGGAGCCUAAGCCAGGUUCUCCUGUUUCCUGGAGAGUCACUCACUUGCUUUUCUGGAGCUAGCUGCCAGCAAGGGCUCUCCCUUCCUGACUCUGGACACGACUUCGCUUGUCUGGAGACGGGCUCUAGCCAGGACCUGGCAGUGGAAAGCCAUGGAGCCAUACAGUCUUGGAGAAGAGGGACCACUUCCAUCAGAAGGGCACCUCCCAUCCUUCUCUGAGAGUCAAGGGCUCAACUGCAGUGACACACUCAACCGGGACCUGGGCCCCAGCACACGGGACCUGCUCUAUGCUGGCUUAAGCGGUUUGGACCUUGACCCCAGUCUCUCCACAUCAGAUAUGCCCAGUGAAGUGCUGGAGGACAAUCUGGAUACCCUGUCCCUAUACUCAGGGAAGGACAGUGACUCUGUGAAGCUGCUGGAAGAGUAUGCGGACUCCGAAUCACAGACCUCCUUACAAGACCUGGGGCUGGGCACACUCAAGGUGCCUAAAGAGGCUGAUGAAGGAGGCAGGGCCACUGGGAGUACAAGGAAAGGCAAGCGGCAGCACAGUUCCCCUCAGAAUCCACUCCUGGACUGCAGCCUGUGCGGGAAAGUGUUCAGCAGUGCCAGUUCCCUGAGCAAGCAUUACCUGACGCACAGCCAGGAGAGGAAACACGUGUGCAAAGUCUGCAGCAAGGCCUUCAAGCGGCAGGACCACCUGACUGGGCACAUGCUCACCCACCAGAAGACCAAGCCCUUUGUGUGCAUUGAGCAGGGUUGCAGCAAGAGCUACUGUGACUACCGCUCACUGCGCCGCCACUAUGAAGUCCAGCAUGGAGUAUGCAUCCUGAAGGAGGCUCCACCAGAAGAGGAGUCCUAUGGGGACCCAACCCACAACCAUGAUGUGGCCAACCAGCCUCCACCCAGUGGCUUGAGGUCCCUGGGGCCCCCAGAAGCUAGGUCCCCAGGCUCUGUCUUGCCCAACCGAGACCUCCUCCGCUGUAUUGUGAGUAGCAUCGUCCACCAGAAGAUUCCUUCUCCUGGCCCAGCAGUGGGGUCUUCUGAUACUGAAGCAAGGAGCUCAGCCUGUGCCUGCCCCACCUCAUUGGGGUCAUCAUCAUGUACACCGGCCAGCACCCCAGUGGCCCCAGGAACCCUGGGCUCUGAGAUUCCUGAGGAAACUCAUCCCCCACGAAAGGAAGCUGCCACUGAAAUGUUCACAGCUGUCCAGUCAAGAGCAGCUGAGAACAGUGCCCCUGAUCCACCAGAGUCAGAGUUAGAGUCAGAGUCUCCACGACUUCAACGGCCAUCCUCUCUGGAGGGCUGGCCAGAGGGCAGCUCCCUGCCUGCCUGCCUGCCUCUCUUUAGAGGCCACUCUGUCCCCUCAGGAUCCCAGCCUUCCAGCCACAACUUCCAGUGGCUCCGGAACCUGCCCAGCUGUCCCAAGAACAAAAGCAGCAAUGUGUUUAUGGUCCACAAGCCCUCUGCAGUGGCAUCCCGGGAGGGCUCUGAGGGGGGCUCUGGGCCCAGCAGUACCCCGACCUCAGUGGAGCCUUCACCCAGCCUGGGCACCAGCCAGGAGGACCUGCUGCCAUUUCCUCCUGCACUCCUAAAGGCCCCUGGUGAGGCCUCCAGUGAAGUCCGGCAGGUAGCUGGGGAAGAUGAAACCUGGGCUCCCAAAAAGUGCAAACCCGACUGUGAGUCAUUCCCAUGGCAGAGCCCCACUGAGCUAGGGCUCCAAGAUGCACAGAACCCAGGUGGACUCCCCUCAGAUGCCACACCCCUCUUCCGGCAGCUUUUCAUGAAGUCACAGGAGUCUCUGGUAAGCCAUGAGCAGAUGCAGGUGCUCCAAAUGAUUGCCAAGUCCCAGCGGAUCUUCUCCCAUACCCAGGUGGCUACAGCCGCAGCCCAGAGACCAGGGCCUGAGGGCAAGCAGUCCACUCUGAAGCCAUUGCAGGGGCCAUGGCCACCACAAACUCUGCCACCAGUACCCACUGUAGACUCUUUCCAGAUAGGCCCUGGACACUCAGAACCAGAGGGAUCCCCAGUCCGCAGGAGGAAAACCAUGCCUGCAGUGUCCAGAGAAACAUCUCCUGGGGGCCCUAGGCGAGACACAAAAGGAGGCCCCAAAGUGGCCUCUGCACCACCAUCCCUCACAGGGCCAGCUCUGCACCCCUCCCGGAAUCCAGACAACUCUUCCUUGGCCAAAGGGACCUUGGACCUGGGAGACAUUAUCCCCAGUGCCGGCUCAAGGCAGUCCCAGUUAGGUGGAGAUGAGCCAUCUGGAACCCAGCUGGUUGGGAAACAGGGGCAAGGAGAGAAUGGCCUGGCUUCAGGGGCCAUGAGAGGUGAGAAGGGCCCAGCCUGCCCCCGAGGUGGAGGCUACAGGCUCUUCUCAGGGCACCCCAGGGCCCAGAGAUUCUCAGGUUUCCGGAAGGAGAAAGUAAAGAUGGAUGUGUGCUGUGCAGCUUCUCCCAGCCAAGUGGCCAUGGCCUCCUUCUCAUCAGCCGGGCCCCUGGCAGAUCCACCCAGAGACAUGAAGUCCAAGCUGACAAUCUUCAACAGAAUCCAGGGUGGAAACAUCUACAGACUCCCCCAUCCAGUGAAGGAAGAGAGCUUGGCAGGCGGAUGCCAUCAGCCAAAUGGGACUCCCACAGAUUGGAUGGAGUCAAAGAGCACUUUUGUGUGCAAGAAUUGCAGCCAGAUGUUUUACACAGAGAAAGGGCUGAGCAGCCACAUGUGUUUCCAUAGUGACCAGUGGCCAUCACCUCGAGGGAAGCAGGAGCAACAGGGACAAGAAAAAGACGGGGAAGAGAGAGACAGCAAGGAGAGCAGCCAAUACAGAAAGAGGAAGAAGCGGCCCCAGCCCAAGGCCCUGUUUGCCCCUCCUGCACCCUCUGCCCUUGGGGAGCCAGGCCCAGGAGGGUGCCACCAGAGCUGCCUACGCUCUCCUGUGUUCCUGGUGGACCACCUCCUCAAGGGCUUGUUUCAGUGUUCUCCCUACACACCACCACCUAUGCUUAGCCCAAUUCGUGAGGGCUCCGGGCUGUACUUCAAUACACUCUGCUCCACAUCCAGGGCUGGGCCCCACCUUGUCAGCCCUGUACUUGACCAAGUGGACGGCUCCUUUGGCAUCUGUGUGGUGAAGGAUGACACUAAAAUCAGCAUCGAACCACAUAUCAACGUAGGAAGCAGAUUUCAGGCGGAGAUCCCAGAACUGCAAGAGAGGCCGCUGACCAGAGUAGAUGAGAAUGUAGCUUCUCUGGUCUGGAAGCCAUGGGGAGAUGUGAUGACCAAUCCAGAGACCCAGGACAGAGUGAUGGAACUCUGCAAUGUAGCAUGCUCCAGUGUGAUGCCAGGAGGGGGCACCAACCUGGAGCUUGCCCUGCACUGCCUGCAUGACGCCCAGGGCAGUGUUCAGGUUGCCCUGGAGACUCUGUUACUCAGAGGACCCCAGAAGCCCCGGACUCACCCGCUGGCUGACUAUCGCUAUACAGGGUCAGACAUCUGGACCCCCAUGGAGAAGAGGCUCUUCAAGAAGGCAUUCUGUGCCCACAAGAAGGACUUUUACCUGAUACAUAAGACGAUCCAGACUAAAAGUGUAGCACAGUGUGUUGAGUACUACUACAUCUGGAAAAAAAUGGUUAAGUUUGACUGUGGCCGAGCUCCUGGGCUGGAGAAGAGGGGCAGAAGAGAGCUGGAUGAGGUAGAAAGGACUGAAGACAAGGUGACUUGCAGCCCUCGAGAAAGACCCACCCACCGUCCAACUCCUGAAUUAAAGAUAAAGACCAAGAGUUACAGGAGGGAGUCUAUCCUUCACUCCAGCCCAAGUGCAGCCCCCAAGCGCACUCCUGAGCCUCCAGGGAGUGUGGAGAGCCAGGGCGUGUUCCCUUGCAGAGAGUGUGAGAGGGUGUUUGACAAGAUCAAGAGUCGGAAUGCCCACAUGAAGCGCCACCGCCUCCAGGAGCAUGUGGAACCCGUUAGGGUGAAGUGGCCUGUGAAGCCCUACCCACUGAAGGAGGAAGAGGAAGAAGAGGAAGAAGAGCUGGGGGCCGACAUGGGUCCCCUGCAGUGGUGACUUCUUGCUAGAAGUUGGUCUGCAAGGAGAGGGGAUCCAGCUCUGAACCAGUGCCCUGAGCCCCCGAGAAGUGUUUGGGGCACUCUUAUCCUCUCUGUCCUCUCACUUCUAGCCUUGCUAGCGAGUUUGGCUAGCAUUUGGACAUGAACAGGCAGAAGCUCUCAAGGUAGCUCUGAAGUCAUGUGGGUAACCAGAGGCUCUAUUCUCUCCUGGUUAAUAGUUGCUUACUUGCAGUCCCAGUCACUUGGAGCAGGGGACCCUAGGAAGCAGAAGGUUUGGUCUAGGUGGCAUUUAGCCCUGAGCUGUAGGCAUGGGACUGACAUUGGUUAGAGACAAUCAGUAAGGACACCUGAGAUACAGUGAGCUGGGCCCUCCUUGGGGCAGGGCCUCCCUGCAUUCCCACCAUCCCUAGUCUUGCAAUGACUGUAUAUUGUUAGGUGUAUUUUUUACAUGUCUGCUUGUAUCUUAUUAAAUUGGGUUCUUAAAGAGCUGUCUUCCAACUCCUAAGCCUGUGUGCUCUGCAGAAGCUUCAGGGCCAUAGCAGGGGCCAGGAAGUGAGCAGAGAGAGGAGAGAAGGUGGGCACAGUCAGCUGUGCUCGGUUUAGCAGCACACGGCAGUUCUUCUGAGUCUGUAGAUGGGCAUACACACACAACAGUGAAAGCCCCUUCAUCAUAGAGCUUCAUUUUAGGAGGGGUCUUGUAGCAGUUGUGAAUAAGCACACAGGUGAGAAGGUAGUGACAGGAGGCAUGAUCUGGCCAUGAUAAUGGGGUCGGUUAGACUGAAGCUAGAAAAGCAUGUGUGGCUGUAGCUGCUCAACCUGAAAUGAAGGAGAAGGACCUUGUCAGCAGGCAGCCUUGUCAGAAUGAUGCCAUAUCAGGUCAGAGACAUCUAUACGAACCCCAACUUGCAAGAGCCAUGCCUUGCCUCCUGUGUUCCAGGGCCCCAUCCCAGCACUACAGAAAGGGUCUCAACAUCUCAGCUAAAGCUUGAAGGCAGCAGGGGUGGGGGUUGAUUUUGGAGCUGUUGAGACAUCCUGUUUGAGGGAAAUGAGGGGUACAGGGCAGCCCAGGAACCAGAAUGGCUCUCUUCCUUCCUACCUGAACAUUUUUUCCCAAUGUGUGUAGUGGGUAAAUGAGGAAAUGCACUUUUCUUGGUGGGCAUUCCCAGUGACAUGAGCAUUGCUUUGCAGUGAGCAUUCCACUGCUCUACCCUGAAGGACCCAACUCCAUGAGUGGAAGCAGCUGGCCUUAUGGGUUGAGGGUAUAUAGUCAUCUAUUGCUGCACAGCUCAUUGUUCCAAAAAGAUGAGACCAUGCAGCAAAUGGAAGGGGAACCAUAACUGCUUGUGGCCCUCCAGACUCACCAGCUCCGGGGUCAGAGCACAGUCGGGAGCACAGGUAUAUUUGGGAAAGUGCUCAAUGGGAAGGAGGUGGGGGUGGGGAGAUGUCUUUUGCCUUUUCCUGACCCCCAACACUCAACUCACAUAACACUUUCCUCAAAUGUUCUCUGCUAAUCAGUAAACUUCAGUAAAGAAGAAAUACAGAUUCUUGCACCACAGCACACUGUUGGGACUGAAAUCGCUGUGCACAGGGCCUUAGAAUAACGAGAUUUACAGAAAACUAGCAUAGUACCAAAAGUUCUCACAUAGCCAGUUUCUCUUAUAGUAAGAUGUUGCUCUUACUAUAGUGUAGUGUAUUUACUACAGCUACUGAACCACUAUCAAUAACUGCCCAUGCUUUAUUUAGACUUUUUUUUCACUAAUUUUUAACAAUGUUUAAUGUGUAGGCCAGGGGUUGAUGUCGGGAGUCUUCUUCAGUUGUUCUGCAUCUUAUUUUUUGAAACCAGGUCUCUUUCUGACCCUGGAGCUCAUUGAUUCUGCCAGACUUGCUGGCCAGCAAGCUCCAGGCAUAUGCCUGUCUCCCACUCACCCAUUCCUGUUACAGCUACACGCUGACACACCCAGCUUUUUACAUGGGUCUGGGUAUCCAGUGCCAUUCUGUGUGUGGCACUGCAAAAUAUUCUAAACGCGUUGUGUGCGUAGGUUAGAGAACAGUUUGGAGG